AUGGCGAGCGGCGCACCAAAGAAGCCGGACUGGAUUGUCAUCGUGCCAGAUGCGGCCAGCACUACUCUUGAGAAAAGGAUGGGGUUUAGAGACGCGCAUAUCAGCAACUUAGGCCCGAUCAUCGAAUCUGGGUUCCUCAAAAUGGGAGGCGCGGUCCUAUCUCACCACCCCAAGAACGGUGAGGCUCCCCCCAUGAAGGGAAGCGCACUGAUUGUCCAAGCGGACUCUGAAGAGGAGAUCCGUGACAUCCUGGCAAAAGAUGUCUAUGCCACAUCGGGAGUAUGGGAUUUGGACAAUCACAAGGCACUGGAUGUCAUGCCAUGCUGGAGGUCUCAUACGUUUCACCAGGAUCUUCGAAGUGCCGAUGCCAAAGAAGAGAAGGUCGGCUUGCUCAUUGUAACAUCCCAUAUAUAG